CUGCUUAUUUACUCUCCGUCUUCGCUUUUGACAUUUGAUUUUGGCUUCUUCCCAAACCGUUCCAUUUCCCCCCGUUGGCGAAUGUGCGGCAAACACAAGUUGGAGACACAAUUCCUGUCCCCGCCUCUACUGCUUCGCUUUCAUCAUCCCUAAUCCUUGUCUCUAUACAAGGCUUCAUUGUUUUUUUUUUUACUCGUUUCAUCGCUAUGGCUUCCAGUGGGACUGCCUCCGGCCCAGUCUCCGGCGACAGCGCCGGUGUCAUGCCCGUUGCCAAUGAGCCGCCUUCUGACGCAGUAGCACACGAUCAAGUGUCGCUGGUGCUGGACCAUGCUGAGACGGUCAAAUUAAAUGAUCCUGUGCAAGACCAGGCAAUAUUUGUCAAUGAUACGGAAUUGAAUCGUGUUGCAUCGGCGCCGUAUAGUGUCUUCUCAGUCACUACGCGCCGCUGGGUCGUCUUCAUGAUUACCAUUGGCAGCAUCAUCUCACCCAUGACGGCAAACAUCUAUUUUCCCGCCAUUGUUUCCAUCUCCAAGGAUCUCAAUGUCUCUCUUAGUCUCAUCAAUUUGUCCCUUACAACGUAUAUGAUUUUUCAAGGACUCUCACCUCCCAUCUUUGGCGAUUUCGGUGACAUGGCUGGGCGCCGGCCUGCGUACAUCGUCUCGCUUACCAUGUACACCAUUAUCAACAUUGCCCUGGCUUUGCAGCGAAACUAUGCAGCUCUUCUUGUCUUGCGCUGUUUGCAAUCUGCAGGUAGCAGCGGCACCCUUGCUCUGGGAUACGCUGUUGUGGCAGAUUUGGUACCACGGUCUGACCGGGGCCGCUACAUGGGCAUUAUCGGCGCCGGCAUCAACGCCGGUCCAACGCUGGGCCCGUUCCUGGGUGGCUUGCUCUCGCAAUUCCUCGGUUGGCCAGCGCUCUUUUGGUUUCUGGCCAUUUUUGCCUUUGCCUGGCUUGUGCCCUGGAUCCUAUUUGUCCCCGAAACAUGCCGCAACGUUGUCGGAAACGGCUCCGCUGCUCCGCAGAGCUGGAACUACCCCGUGAUUCAGUAUCUCGUCAAACGGCGUCAAAGCACCGAGGCGGAAUCGGGCACGACGCGCAAACUGCGGAUACCAAAUCCUCUCAAGACAUUGGCAUUGUCAUUUGAGAAGGAAAUGGGACAGAUUUUAAUUAUUGCUACCGCUAUCUACUUGGACUUUAUUUUGGUUGCCGCUACCCUCUCACCAUUGUUCAAGAAGAUAUAUGGCUUCAGUGAUCUUCAAAUCGGCCUCUGCUACUUGCCAUAUGGCGUUGGAUGCUGCAUAACCAGCAUCUUGCAAGGGUAUGUGCUCGACUGGAACUAUCGCCGCAUUGCGAAGAAGGUCGGCUUCGGUAUGGUACAAAAGUCAAAGGAAGAAAUGUUAAAAUUCCCCAUUGAAUCGGCGAGGAUGCAACCACUUUACCCUACAUUGGCCGUCGGAUCCGCAGCUGUUAUUGCAUACGGUUGGGCGCUGCACAUGCAGACUACAGUUGCUGUACCUCUGGCUAUGCUGUUCAUUAUUGGCAUGACAGUGCCAAGCUCGUUCAAUGCACUGACUACACUCAUCGUGGACAUCUUCCCAGAGGCACCUGCGACUGCUGCCGCUGCGAACAAUUUGGUUCGAUGCCUCUUUGGUGCCGCUGCCACUUCGAUCAUUGACUUUAUGCUCCAGGGUAUGGGCAUUGGUGGCUGUUUCACCUUUCUAGCAAGCUUAAUGAUUACCAGUAUCCCGUGGCUGUGGGUGAUUCAAAGUCGAGGCCCGCGGUGGAGGGCAGAGAAGGAGAAAGCGAUUGAGCUUAAAGAGCUCAACAAGUCGCAGGCCGCCAACCAAGCAAAGUAGACGCUACAUGAACGUAUG